UGUAUCGUUAUCUCUAGACACAAACUAUGUACAUGUAUACACACACGUUAGACUAGAAAGUACGCACAGUACAUGUACUACUUCCUGGUAAAUCUGUCAGCUUAGUUUAUCUCUUCAGUUGGCUCAACUAAUAUAAGUUAUUAUUUAGCAAUGGAUAGAACUGAACCUUUAAAGUUUCGUCUCAAACACAGGAAAUCAAUUGAUCAAGCCCAAACAAAUACCUCAUACAAAUGUGGGGAGUGCGGAUUUAACUUCGGUGCAAAAAAAGAUUUGCAAAAACAUUUAUCUAAACAUAGGGAGGAAAAUUCAUUAAUUCUAGAAAGCUCCUUACCAAAACUAAGUAAUUGUGGAGCAAAAGUGUACGAAUGUGAUAUAUGCGACAGGAUAUUCAGCGAAAAAGUUUACCUUAAAUUACAUACCAGAAUACAUAAAGGAUUCAAGCCAUACAAAUGUCCAGAUUGUGAUGGGAGAUAUAACGAUUGCAUCGAAUUACAAAAUCAUCGUAAGUUGCAUACUUAUAUUGAAAAAACUAAGACAUCAACCAAACCUUUAAAAGAAAAGAAAACAUCAACCUCAAAAGAAAUAAAACUUAAAUCAACCAAUGACAAUGAGAUGAUGUACAAAUGUAAAUGUGGAAGACGAUAUUCAAACUUGGUAAAAUAUAAGUCCCAUGUACUAUCUCAUAAGGACAAUCCUACAGACUUAAAGUGCUAUCUUUGUGAAGCUACUUUCAGCAGAAGACGAGCUUUACAACUGCAUUUGAACGAACAUGCUAAAGAAGACCAUACAGAGGUGUACAAAUGUGAUAAAUGUGACCAGAGAUACUUUUCUAAAUGGUGGUUUGAUAAGCAUAAUUGUUCAUAUGUAGAAAGUAAAUGCCCAGAAUGUGGAAAAACGUUUAAAGAUAAGUUUCGUUUGAGAAAUCAUAUGAUUUUUCACUCAAACAAGAAGCCGUUUCUUUGUCAAGUUUGUAAGAAGAGUUUCCACUUGAAGCAUCAAUUAAUAGUGCACGAACGGAUACAUACUGGAGAACGUCCAUUGUCAUGUAACUUGUGUGGUAAAAGUUUCAAUCAGCUAAACGUGUUAAAACGACAUGUCCUUAACAUACAUACAAAUCAUAGAUCUAAGAAAUGCCCCCUCUGCGACAAAGGGUUCAAUAGUGCUGAUCAGUUAAAGAGUCAUAUGAUAGUCCACAAUCCUGAACCAGUUUUAUGUUCAUUUUGUGGGAAAUGCUUUAAAGCUGUAGUGCAUUUGAAAAAUCAUGUAAAGAGAUGUAGACUUAAUCCAAAACAAAACACGAGUCUAAUCACUUUAGGAGAAUAGAAUGUCAAGAACAUAAUUAUAUUCGGAGCCUUUUUAAGCUGACUAUGCUGUAUACAUUUUGCUCAUUGUCGAGUGCCUUAUGGUGACAAUAUAAUUGUAAGGUUUAUAAUUAUGUCAUUUAUCUCAAUGGGAAUGAUGCCAACUCUUAUUGUUAUAUAUAAAUCGUAAACCUAAGAUCUUGAUAGGCCAAUUCACCAUGUGGUCGUUGUUUUAUAUUUUAUUGAUUCUUUGUUUAUGUAUCCCUCUUGUAAGCUUUUCAUAAAAUUACAUAUCACGUGAUA